UUCACUCUUGGACACUGAACACUAUACCUGUCACGUCGUAAACUGCGGAGGAAGAAACAAAACGCUACAAAAACUUGACUUAAAAGUUUUUUUUUUGUCUGGUUGGACGCGUUUUCUUUGGCGCCACAGCAUCCUGCAGUUGUGAAGUAAACGGAAAGGUGUUUUUACAACCUCUGCUGUGCUGCUGUGCUCCCCCCUAUCAGGUGCCCCCACUUUAUCCCUCCUUCCUCUCCACCUCUUCCACCAUGUCCUCUCAGGCCACGCCCAUCCACGGGGCAAGAUCAACUACCCCUCCAUUAACCUUUGGGGGAUCCCAAGCUCCUUCCAUUUCCCCACUGUCAACAGAGUCCCUGCGGCCUCCAGCCUAUAGACACAGAGACCGCUCCCCCUCCCCCAUGAGAGGCUACCUCAUCCCCAGCCCACUGCCCACACGCAGAAACAGGACCUGCUCAGCGACGGCUCGGGCAGCAGAGGGUCCGGCGUUUGUUGGGGUGUGUAAAUAUUUCUCCCGCUCCAAAGGCCAUGGCUUCAUCACGCCAUCCGACGGGAGCAAAGACAUCUUCGUCCACAUCUCAGACGUUGAGGGCGAGUACGUGCCGGUGGAAGGCGACGAGGUGAGCUACAAGGUGUGCUCCAUCCCUCCCAAAAACGAGAAGAUCCAGGCAGUGGAGGUGACCAUAACCCAUCUCAAUCCAGGAACCAAACACGAGACCUGGACAGGACAAGUCAUCAGCAGCUAAAUGCGGAGUCUCGCAAGAAUAGGGGAUGAAAGGGGGGGAGGUCAACGAAGCCAGCGGGUGGGGAAGGGAUAGAUGGAAGAAAUGGGGAGGGGAAGGAAGGG